CGGACCGCAAUGCGUCUCUUGAACGUCCACACCUUGGCCUUCCACUCCUUUCACUCCGCCAGCACACCCAGAUAUGCUAUCGCUUCGCACAGAUGGGUCGCAGGCACCGAGGCCGCGAUCAAGGAUGUGGAGAAGCAACGGAACACGGAGUCUCUAGGCUAUCAGAAGGUGCUCCGCUUCCUGCGGUACGUGCGAGAACAUGUGCCCGGAGUGGAAUGGCUUUGGAUCGACACUUGCUGCAUUGACCAGAAGAGCAGCCAGGAAGUCUCGGAAGCGGUGAACUCGAUGCUCAAGUAUUACUCGCGGGCGGCCGUAUGCUUGGCUUAUUUGAGGGACGUGUCGCAUUGCUCACUUGAAGCCUUUGAGACGAGUGAGUGGUUCACCCGAGGAUGGACUUUGCAGGAGCUACUAGCACCGUCCCUUGUCAUUUUUCUGUCAAAUGAUUGGAACAGCAAAACGCUCAGCCUCGAGCAGAAGUUCACCUGGAUGGAGGGACGAACAACCACGCGCGAGGAGGACAUGUCUUACUGCCUCUUUGGCAUUUUCGAAAUCGCCAUUGGAUCCAAUUACGGCGAAGGACUGGAGAAUGCAAGGAAGCGUCUGCUCAAAGCCGUCACUGAAGCCGCGGCGGAGAAAUCU